AUGGCUGGGGACUACCGUAAAUCCAUUCGCAUAAUCGUUCAUAGGUAUUCGCAUCUUUUCUUUGCCGACGAGUAUUGCGAACAAUUUGCUUCUCUUUGCGUCCAAUUACUAAACUUGCUGCUUGAUUUUGACCCCGCCACAUAUCUACUGGAUGCAACGCCUUGCCCAUCUGAAGAACCGCGUGCAAAUCACACUUUGAAGCCCGAAUUGACUCCAGAGCCCCAGCCCGUUUCUAUUCCGGAGUCGAUAUCCCCUGAACCCGUUUCAAACUGCUCCGUGACCGAAUCGAGCCCAGAAUUGGGGGUCGGUGACCUUUUCAAGUCCCCCAUUCUAGAUGAUGUCAACCUUGCCAGCGCAAAAGCUGAAGAUAUCAAAGAAAAUGAUCCCCCCACCCAUACGAAUACACGCUCGUUGCUUGAAGAUGUCCCUCUAGAAAUUGAUAUCACUGGUCCGUCGCUCAGAGCAAUCAUAUUUGGCCCCGAAACCUCGGGCGACAUCAAGCUUCCGAAACUACUUGGGCAAGCUGUACCGCGAAUCCGACUUCCGUCGGAUUUAUGCAGGCUUUUUGGCGUUGUUGACCAAUCCCAUUCGGUGCUCCCUGCAUCUGUACAUCAGAUUUCGGUCUACCCUGAGAUCAUGAUUCUACUGUGGAGGCUGAUUGAUCUCAAUUCAGCCUUUUUCAAGUUCAUCGUGUAUGAGGAAUCGAUCCUGGACUUUGUCUCGGCAUUGACAUAUUACGCCUCGGAGGCUGAACUCGAUCAAUGUAAGUGCGUUCUUUUAAAUCCAGCUGCCGACGGGUUGGUACACCUAUCCUGCUUUGUGCUGCUGCAGCUUAGCAGUGAGCGCGAACUGGCCAUCAGGCUUAACACACCGUAUACGGAUUUUCGGGUCCACGGCCGACACUUGCCUGAAUUUUCUGGCUCAUAUGGAGACUUUUUCGUGCUAUCCAUGACUCUUUCUCCCGUCACAACACAUCGGCUUAUUGCGUUGUUUGAACAACUUGCACGCCUUUCCGUUGACCGCUCAUCGAUACCGCAUGCCAAGUGUGCCCACCUGCUUCUACGCACGUUCACCACCAUGAUGCAAUACCAAUACGACGGCAUGGUGUGUCUGAUUGCUGGAUUAAUGCGUUCAAGAGCUUUCUUCGAGACACUUGCCAAGUGGCGGUAUUCAGAUUAUGUCAUGGGCGAAGGCAUCGGGUCCAUUUUCAAACGGGAUCCGGAGAUGCAAGCGGAGAUCUCUAGUACGCAUCGUUGGACCGAAGAAGAGUGCCUCGAUCCUGAUCUCAAGUUGCUACUCAAAAGAGAUGAUGCCGUCGUAGCUGAGGAUGAAAUGGUGCGGUUUCUGCGCAAACGCACGCUAGUGGGGUUGGUACCACUCAACUAUCCUCUACAGGUGAUCCGCUUUAGAAUGAGCCCAGAGAUCCAAUCGUGGCUCACCUCAUAUAUGUAUGGAAUUGUUUGUCUGCAUCAGGAGCAGGCCUCGAUCUGGAACAAUACGGCCAUCAAGCUUUUUGUGGUACGCUACGAAGAUUCGGAGCAAGGUAUGGGCUUGGAAACAUCUACCUCAGAAUCUGAGUGCCAUAACGACAUAGUACUGCCUUUAAUGCCUUAG